AUGACAGCUGCGCCACUGAAUACACAACUCUCGUGUUUUCUCGCUAAAGUUUACGUCCAGCCCAAAAUGGCCUCCAGAAGGCUUGUGCAACUUUCAAACGAACAUUGGAUUGUUUUGAACAUAAAGCGAUCUACAGUUCACCAUUUGCAACGAUGUUGUGUUCACAGUAGAAUCAAAGAAGAUUUGGAAGAUGAAAACUUCAAGGUUUUGAACAUUCUUCGAGACAAAGAUGUAAAAAGAUUCAAAUGGGAAAAACCACCUGAUGUUAGGACUCUAUCCAGAGCAGAUUGCAUGAAAACAGAUAUGAACUGGACGAGUGUUUGGCCGACCAAGGCGCCAUUUCGCUGGGGGUCAGUGCCCCUCCCCAUCAGGCAGGGGUACCGAAAAAAAGAAUACAAACUAAGUGCUGGGAAAUAUGGCAACGCAGAAUUGGUGAAGAUUCCAAACUUCCUUCAUCUCACGCCUCCUCAUAUAAAGACACACUGUCAGGCAAUUAAAAAAUUCUGUACAGAGUUCCCCAGUGAAUUAAAAAAUCGAGAGAUCAGAAAAGCGAACUUCCCAUUGGAGGUUAUAACCUCAGACUAUGUGACCUGCGGGACGUCAUUAAGAGAUCCAAGGUCACGCGAGGUCACAGUUAAUGUAGAUCUCUCGGUGCUGAAGUUUGAUGAGCAUUCGGUCACAAAGAUCAAGAAAUUAGCGGGGGACAAGAUGGACGAAAAAGCAAUGACUCUGCAACUCAAAUCAGACAGGUGCCCAGUCCGGAAACAGAACUUUGAUUUUAAUGUUUACACAUUGACAGCUUUAUACUAUGAGUCACAGGAAAAAGAAGAUUGGGAGGAUGAGAUGGAGGAAUCUGAUUGGGUGAAAUAUCAGUGGGACAAGACACAGUCCAAGAAAAAGAUCUUAAAGCUGAAGCAGAAAAUUCUGCAGAUCAAUAGUGGGGAAAAGACAGACCUGGCCAGUUCAGUGAGCAAGAGUGAUCCAAAUGUUUCAGUGGUGGAUACUGAAGAUGAUAUUCAGUCGUACAAAUCUGCUUUCUCUAAUUUGAAGGAUGAGGGGGACAGCAGAGAGACUCUUAAUGCCUAUAAACAGUCUGUCCUAAAACUUUUAAAAUUGUGAUCAUUAAACUACUUAUACCAA